UGCGACUGUUAUUCAAUCAAAAAUGUUGAAUUUCCAUCAAAAUCGUAUUUUCUUUCGCUCACUAGUCACCAGUGCACGUCGAUUCAAUCAAGAUGAUCUUAAAAAUCCGAAAUUGUCCAAUAUCAAAGGCAAAAUCGACAAGGACAAGGAGAAACUCCAGUGGCGCACACCUUACAGUGAUCGUCCCGAUUCCUUCCAGAGUGGCUUCAAGCUUUUCGAAUCAAGCAACCGGAAUUCGGAACUGAUUGAAAUGAUGCAGCAGCCCAUCGAUCUGUCCCCGUCAGGGAUCAAGAAGUGGUGGAACAGCCGUAAGGAUGGAACGGAAGCGCAUAUGCAAAAGUUUAUCCCGGAAAGACAUGCCACUCUUGGCGAGGAUCUGGCAACGGCACAUUUCGUCGUGCACAGAGGUGGAUCCGUAAGGUUCCGAGGUCAAAAGGAAUGGAUGAAGAUGGACAAGGACGAGGACUACAAUUUACCAAGACACUACAUACCAAACUUAGUGCUAGAGGAAGUCAAGUGUGACAACAUGAACCUGUUCUACGAAGGCCUGGAAAAUAUACGCCGGUUGCGUUAUCUCAAGCAUUUGUCGUUUGAAAAUGUAGCCAAGUUUGACGAUUGGUAUUUGGAUCGAGUCUCCGGCAACUCCUUCCCCGCAUUGGAAGUGCUGAAUCUGCGGGGAACGGCUGUCACUGAUAGGGGGUUGCACUGCCUCUAUCGGUUACCGAGUUUGAAACUGGUACUAGUGGAUGAUCCCGAAAAGAACAUCAUGUGGAAAAUGAUGGUGUCGCUACUUGACGAAUGGAAUCCAGAAAUGGCAGUAAGAGCCUCCUAGUGUGAUCAAUAUCUAGUCAAAUAAUGAA